CAAAAGGUCAGCUAUCCCUUGAUUGUAUCUCCAUUCUCCACCAGUCCACUUUCACAAAUAUAUUUCCGAAAACACCAUUUAAAUCCAAUGCCAAAAUCCCCCACCUUCUUGAUUCCAAAAAUCACGUCGCUUUCUGGGUUCUACAACGAAACAAUAUAUAUGCUUCCAAUCGAGUCCGGUCACGAGAUGAAUUUCUUCCAACCCAUGUGUAUUUGCUGUUUCUCUCUCUGUUUUUAGAGCGAGAGUGCAGCUGAGCAACAGAUUAGAGGCAUUGAGCGAGUGAGAGAGAGGAGAUGCUCCUCUUGCACUGCUUUCAACCAUGGAUAUCUCCAAGAAUUCCAAAAUUUCCAAGGAUUUCUCGUUCCAAGAGGGAAUCAAGCGCUAUUGCAUGUUGCUGGAUCAAUUCUCCCGCUUCACAUGCAAAUGAUAUCUUCAAGAAUUAUCGAGAGAAGCCAGAUGUCAAUUCAAUAAAAGCAUCAUAUAAGAUGGGAUCCAUGAUGAAAUUGCACAUCAUCAAAAAUUUCGAGUCGCAGCUCUUGAAAUUGAAGCUUGAUUAUCCUCAGGAGCAUCAAACAAAGAUCAUGAUGGCUGCAUUGGUAUCUUGCUUGCUUGUCAGAUUGAUACACCAAGAUCAUGGGAAAGUAGCAACUGUUGCUCUACAACAGUUACUUUCCUCUGUAAUUCAAUCAUUUGCAGCUACGGGUUUGCCUUUUGCAUGCAUGUCUAAUUCUCUGAAUAAACCCACACCUCUGCAAUUGGAUGUAUCUUUGCCCUCAUGGCAUGACAUCAAAUGGAACUUUUCGCGCCUGGCAUACUUAUUCGACAUACAACUUGAGAGAAAUGUGUCUACGUUCUUGAUUGUGCUCAUCGUAGCUUGCUUCUCAUUUGUUUUUAUUGGUGGACUUCUCUUCUAUAAGUACAGGCGUAAUACACAGUCUUUUGAGGACUGUCUUUGGGAGGCAUGGGCAUGCUUGUGCUCUUCAUCAACUCAUCUGAAACAAAGAACUAGGGUUGAACGUGUUAUUGGUUUUGUUCUUGCUAUAUGGGGGAUAUUGUUUUAUUCUCGCUUAUUGRGCACAAUGACAGAGCAGUUCAGGCAUAACAUGCAAAAGCUUAGAGAAGGAGCCCAAAUGCAAGUUCUAGAGAGUGAUCAUAUAAUUAUUUGUGGAGUUAAUAGUCAUCUGAGCUUCAUACUAAAGCAGUUGAACAAGUAUCAUGAGUUUUCUGUGCGAUUAGGUACAGCUACAUCUAGGAGGCAGAGAAUUCUUCUUUUGUCCGAUAUCCCAAGGAAGCAAAUGGACAAAAUUGCUGAUCAUAUUGCAAAAGAUCUUUAUCAUAUUGACGUCCUUACAAAGAGUUGCAGUCUAAGCUUAACAAAAUCAUUCCAAAGGGCUGCAGCCAAUAAAGCACGUGCCAUAAUAAUAUUGCCAACCAAGAGUGAUAGGUAUGGAAUUGAUACAGAUGCGUUUCUAUCUGUCCUUGCCCUCCAGCCCCUUUCAGACAUGGAAUCUGUUCCAGCAAUUGUUGAGGUUUCAAGUCCCAAUACAUGUGAGCUCCUAAAGUCAAUCUCAGGGUUGAAGGUGGAGCCUGUGGAAAAUGUUACAUCCAAAUUAUUUGUUCAAUGCUCUCGACAGAAGGGGCUCGUAAAGAUCUAUAGACAUUUGCUUAAUUACCGAAAAAACGUAUUCAACCUUUGCAGUUUUCCACAUCUAGCAGGAUUGAAGUAUGGGCAUCUAAGAAAUGGAUUUCAAGAGGCUGUUGUUUGCGGCCUUUAUAAGAAAGGGAAGAUAAAUUUUCAUCCACUGGACGAUGAAGUUCUAGAUGAAGAUGAUAAAGUAUUAUUCAUUGCGCCUGUUCAUGGGAAUAAGAAAACACAGGUUGCAUAUUUUAAUUCUAUUAAAGAAGAAGAAGUUGACUCUUGUAAUCUCCAAGUUGUAAAGGUGGUUGGUGAAGCUCCACAUAAUGGGCUUCAAAUGGCAAAAGCACGGUUGGAUAAAAUUGUCAAACGUCCAGCAAAACCAGGUUCGAAGGCGUCAGACUGGAGUGUGGGACCAAAAGAAUGCAUAUUAUUGCUUGGAUGGCGCUCAGAUGUUGUGGAAAUGAUUGAAGAAUAUGAUAAUUACCUAGGACCUGGAAGUGUUCUGGAAAUUCUGUCCGAUGUGCCAAUUGCUGAAAGAGAGAAAACAUACAAAUUUGCUGGUCAACGCAAGUUGAAAAACAUUCAAGUCAUCCACAAGAUUGGGAACCCGAGGAACUAUGAUACCUUAAAAGAUACCAUUGAACACACUCAAAAGUCUCAUAAGAAAGGAGAAGAGGUUCCAUUCUCCGUAGUAGUUAUAUCUGAUAGAGAGUGGCUGCUUGAAGACCCAUCAGGGGCUGAUAAGCAGUCUGCUUAUUCUCUCCUUCUUGCUGAAAGCAUUUGUCUGAAGCUUGGUGUGAAGGUUCAAAAUCUGGUUGCAGAAAUUGUAGACUCAAAACUGGGCAAACAGAUUACAAGAAUCAAGCCAUCGUUAACUUAUAUAGCAGCUGAGGAAAUAAUGAGCCUCGUGACAGCUCAAGUGGCCGAAAAUAGUGAACUGAAUGCAGUUUGGAAAGACAUAUUGGAUGCAGAUGGAGAUGAAAUUUAUGUGAAGGACAUUGGUCUCUACAUGAAGGAGGAUGAGCAUUUAUCAUUUUCCGAGCUCUCAGAAAGAGCACGAUUGAGGAGAGAAGUCGCCAUUGGUUAUAUAAAAAACAAGAAGAAGGUUAUCAACCCAGUUCCCAAGUCAGAGCCUCUCUCCCUACAACUUACGGAUUCUUUGAUCGUUAUAUCAGAGCUUGAAGGCGAACAACCUGUCCUCUUGUAAAUGGUGAUUUGUUCUCCAACAAAAUAUGACGACUUCUUUGUGACCUUUUUCAUUAUUGCAUGGUGUUAUCGGUUUUACAUGCAUACAUUAGCGACUCGCAUACAAAUUGAUUGCGUCAGAAACAAGACCAAGGAUCCAAGAUUUUCUUGUCUUGAAGCAUGAUAUAAAGUACAAGACUGUUAGAAUUUUUAUUAGUGUAAAAAGAAAACAAAAACUCAGAAAACAAGGAAGCAUGUCAUAAUUGUAUAAUUUACAUUUGUGAGAAUGGAUUUUUGGUAGCUACUUGUAUCAAACAUUCUCACGUUCACUUUUCAGUAGAGAUCAAGUCUACAUAUAUCUUACCCCUCCUAA